UCAUCAUUCCACAAACUCAAAUUCGACGUAAAAUCUUUUUUUCUCUUUUUUGUUUUAAUCUAAUUUUCUUAGUUUCUUCCUCUCACUUCUAAGAUUUUAUUACCAAUACUAGUUCAUGUUCAACUAAUUGAGCACAAGGACUUUCUUUGCGCUAUUUGGGUUUUCACUCGUAGAAAAAAUAUUGUUGAAAAUGCAGUACCAAAACACAAGGACAAGGCAAAGGUCAUUAUCUUCGGAGUCGUUGGAGAGGGUGGCGAGGCUGGCUUCCGGAAGUGCGGUGGUGAUAUUCAGUUCGAGCAGUUGUUGCAUGUGCCAUGCAGUGAAGCGGCUGUUCAGUGAGCUCGGUGUGAGCCCAGCGGUGUACGAGCUGGACCAAGACCCUAACGGUAAAGGGAUGGAGCGGGCGCUCUCCAAGCUUCUCGGCAAUUCACCCGUCAUUCCUGUUGUGUUCAUAGGUGGAGAACUAAUUGGAUCAAUGGAUAGGGUUAUGGCUUCUCAUAUUAGUGGCACUCUUGUUCCUCUUCUCAAAAAAGCUGGGGCUCUUUGGCUUUAAUUCCAGCAUUCUUUUGCCUUUUAUGAUUGUUAUAAUAUGUUUGUUUCAUUUUGUAUAACACUCUUUUCCGUUUAGUUAGAAUGAUAUUUUUCCAUA